CCUCUUCCUUUGUACAGGUAGAACUCAAGACACACGCAGAUCCAACAGCACUACUGGGAUUCUCUUUUAAACCAACAUGUCACAGUUCAGCACUCUUUCAGUGCGUGAGAGGAAGAAGCAGGCAGCUGCCCUUUGCCACGAGGUCCAUGGUGGCGCCAACGGUUUUACUAUGGACCUGGGAAAGAAACUUUCCACUCCAAAGGACAUCAUGCUGGAGGAGCUGUCUCUCUUGUCAAACCGAGGGUCACGUCUUUUUAAGAUGAGACAGCGGAGAUCAGAGAAAUACACGUUUGAAAGCAUUCAGAAUGAAGCCAAUGCCAUGUUUAACAACGAAAAUCAAGCCAAUGAAGAAAACUCAGCGAAUAAAGGAGUUGGGUCAAAAACGCCCCCAAACACGCCGGAUCCCAGAAACCCAGCAAACCCUCAGGACAUUGCACCAGGAUAUGGAGGUCCACUGGCAAACAUUCCUCCAGAGAGGUUCAACGCCACAGCUAUGCCAAAAUCCUAUCACUCCCCCUGGGAAGAGGCCAUCAUCAAUGACCCCACGCUGGCCGACACACUUAAAAUUCAGCUGCCAGUGCCUGAGCCUAAGACAGAAACUACCACUACAAAAAGCUUUAAUAGGGUGGCUACACCAUUUGGGGGGUUCGAAAAAGCCCCACGAGGGAUUACUUUUAAGCUUCCAGAAGUGGACUUGAAUGCUCCUCGGUACCCUGAGCUCCAGGAUGCUGCCGCCAAGCGACCCACUUUCAACAGGACUGCCCAGGGCUGGAUCUCCGACGGCACGCCUCUCAUUCUACCCACUGUCUCUUUGGAGCCUUUCGAGAUCCCUGAGUCUGACGAUCUGUAAUACAGAUUCAAGCCCUUCUCUUUCCCAAUCCCAAUGAGCCUGACUGAGGUAUAGGGUGUGUGUAGAUGUCUAGUUUGUGUGCUGGUAUUCUUUGUAUUCUUUGAAGUGAGUUUUGAGCUGCCGUUCUUGGGACAGCAGUUACCACGUAUCAUUUUUGUAAGGAAUGCCUCAAAACUGAAUUUUAUUUAACAAAAACACACAAGGAAGCAUUAAUAAUUGUCAUCAGAAUGAAACAUUUUGUUGAAAUCCAUGUAACACAUUAUGCUACAUGUGUUUAGUUAUAUCACCUAUCUUUAUUUAUUGAUCAAUGCGUUUUUGCCUUUGUACAACUUGCAAAACAAUACAUAUAUAAAAGUAUAAAAAUAUACAUUGUACUAUGAGUACAUUCAUUCAUACAUUCAGGAUAUUGCAGUUAUUUUCACUAACAUUAUGCAUGAUUAUACUGUGAAACAUUACCAGUUUUCUCAGACAUUUUCGUUCGUUAGCAUCAAUUCAUUUUUGAUAACUUUUUUGUGGUGAAAUAUUUUGCACUCUUCUAUUCUAAGGACGCUCACAAAGCUUACAGUAUAACCGUAAAAAUCAAUCGUUUAAAAUUCUGAAAUCACAAAUUGAUCAGGGAUAGAUCAAUAGUGAAAAAAGCCAUGUAAAUAUAAUGUGCUGAAUGCCUGAAAUCUCGUUUGUACUGUAAAAAAAAAUAGAAUUAAUAUAUAUUUCUGAAAAUUUGUUUUGUGAAAUUGUAUUUCUGCUGAUGUUUAUCAUUAUAUUCACAGUGUUAGACCUUUUGUAGUUUCAAAAUAUAGUGUACACACGUUGUCGAAAUAAAAUCCAUAUUUAUUUCAAACUUC